CUAUCUAUCUAUCUAUCUAUUUCUCUCCCUCUCUCUCUCUCCCUCUCUCGAUCUCUUGUUGAUUAUUUUGAAACAACGAUUGAUCUUUUAUUGAAUAGAUAUUAUCAUGAAGAACGAAUGAAAAGUUUUAUCGUAUCUUUUCUAAUUAUUGAAGAGAUGGGCGUUCAAAGGGGGCGUGAAACAGCAGUUUGAAUACGACAUAACAAUAUCGCGUCAUGUGGGAGGUGGAUUGGGCGGUUUCGAUCGGUUUUGUCUACCACUUGUAGAAAUUUGACUAAACAUUUAUUAAAAGUGCUUCGACAAUAUAAAAAAAAAACACAACAAUUGUCUUCACGUUCAUUCGUGUUUCAAUAAUAUUUCUAAUUAUGAAUUUUUAAAGUGAACAAAGAUUUAUUAAAUUGUUUAAUGGUAGACGUGUUAUAUUAUAGUUUAUAACUUGUGGUGUUAAAGAAAACUUGAUGUGUUAUAUUCGAAAUAAAAGUUUUUCUUUUUUUAUAUAAAUUAUUUUCAAAGAAAUCCGUCUUUCUGUGCGCACUUUAACGGUGUCCCUUUUUUAAAAUAUAAAUAAUUUAUUAAUCAUGUCGGCGAAUCUCGUAAAUUUUUUUAUUUUAAAAAAACAAAUUUGCCUACUUUUAUUUAUGCUGAGUCAAGUCAGCAGUGGACAUGAAGACGAUAUGCACACAAUACAAUAUACAAAAGAGACAUUUUUGGAUGAAAUCAAAAAAAAGAAUAGCUUUGUGAUGUUUUAUGCACCUUGGUGUGGUCACUGCCAAAGAUUAGGCCCAACAUGGGCACAAUUAGCUAAAAUGUAUAACGAAGGAGAUAGUAAUAUAAAAAUAGCAAAAGUCGAUUGUACCAUUGACAGUAAUCUUUGUAGCGAGCACGAUGUUACUGGUUAUCCAACACUUAAGUUCUUCAAAGCAGGAGAAUCCAAAGGUACUAAGUUUAGAGGGACACGAGAUUUACCUUCGUUAACAUUUUUUAUCAAUGAUCAAUUAGGAGGCGUAUCAACGGUAGAAGAUAAUACACCUUCUCCUCCAGAACCGGUGAAUGGUUUAUCUGAAUUAACGGAAGAAUCAUUUCAUUCUCAUGUUGAGAAAGGUCAUCACUUUAUUAAAUUUUAUGCGCCUUGGUGUGGCCAUUGUCAAAAAUUGGCUCCAACGUGGGAAGAAUUAGCUAACAGUCUUCGUAAUGAUGAUUCUGUUAGUAUUUCCAAAGUAGAUUGUACUUCAUUUAGAAGUAUAUGUGAGGAAUUUGAUAUAAAAGGAUAUCCAACUUUACUUUGGAUAGAAGAUGGAAAGAAGAUGUAUAAGUAUACUGGUCAAAGAACUCAUGAAGAUUUGAAGGCUUAUGUAUCAGCGAUGCUUAAAAAAAGUGCAGAACAGUCUUUGAAUAAAGAUAGAAGCUCGGAUAGUACCAUUCAUAAUGUAUUAAGUUUAACAGGUGAUAGCUUUGAACAUAGUGUUGAAAAAGGUGUUUCAUUUGUUAAAUUUUUUGCACCUUGGUGCGGACAUUGUAAACGUCUCGCACCAACUUGGGAAGAGCUUGGUAGAAAAUUUUUUGCUAAUGAAAAUGUGCAUAUAGCCAAAGUGGAUUGUACACUUAAUACAAGCAAGCAGUUGUGUUAUGAACAAGAAGUAGAUGGUUUUCCGACAUUGUACUUAUAUCGAAAUGGUCGUAAAGUUUCAGAGUAUAAUGGGCCCCGUAAUCUCGAUGAUCUCUAUGGAUUUGUCAUGAAUCAUUUACGAUCUCACGAUGAACUAUAAUUGCAUACAUUGUUAUUAUUAUCGUCAUAAACAUCGUAGGAAAUAUCUCUAAGAAAUGUGUAUUAUGAAGAUUUAUGAUCAAAGCUUGGUGAUUUGUAUAUUUUAUAAACGUACUUUUACAUUCGAAGCAACAUAGACACACAAACACAAAGGAUAUUUGUUAUGAUCUAUUCUGUAAUUAUCACUAUCAUAAUUUUAACAAUGAUUAUAAUGUAAAUUGUUUUAAUUUUAAAUAACGGAAUUUUGGACUUUCUAAUAUGGCAAUUAUAUCAUUAA